AUGAAACUACAAACAGGCCUCACAAUCAAUGUCAGAUAUGUGAUAAAUACGGGCAUUCAGCCAAAAAUGUGUUCGAAUCGCACAAACUUAGACUGCAAUCCUACAACUGCCAGAAACAAUUCUUCAAAAGCCUUCAUAGCAACCGAUGACAACAACUCAAAUGACUGGAUUUUGGAAGGUGGAGCUUCUUCUCACAUGACUAAUCAUUUUACCAAUGUUCAAAAUUCUCAAACCUAUACUGGUAAUGAGCAGAUUACUGUUGGAAAUGCUGAGAAAAUUCCUAUAACUUAUACAGGUUUUUCGAAUCACCAACUGGUAACAUUCCUGAUGUAUGGUUCUCUUGUUAUUAUUUUUACCAUUUUUUUUUUAAAUUCAACUGAUUAUUUUCCACAGGUUUUGAAACUUUCCGCAUGCAAAUACCUAAGGAACUCGUCUUUGGAAGCUCUCUACAAUGAAGGUGCUCUUCCCGUCCUUCGUGAGUUGGAUUUGUCUUAUUCUUCCAUUGGCCAGGCUGCUAUUGUUGAUCUUCUCGCAUACUGUAGAAAUUUAGUCAAUGUAAAUCUGAACGGAUGCGUAUUUAUGCAUGAGCUCUCAUGGGGUUCGAGUGGAUUUCAAUCCGACGUCAUGAUGAUUGGUCCCUCGUUAUCAAAUUCACUUCCUUUGGGACAUGGUGACACGUCUCACAGUAAUUCGGACCAUCGUUUGGAGUUUCUCAACUGUACUGGAUGUCCCUAUCUUAAGAAAGUCGUAAUACCACCAGCAGCUUGUUGCUUCAGGUUAACGAAGUUAAAUCUGAACCUAUCAACCAAUCUGAAAGAAGUUGAUCUAGCAUGUCCAAACCUCAUUAGUCUGAACUUGAGCAACUGUAGCUCACUCGAGAUUUUGAAGCUGGAUUGCCCGCGUUUAACCAUUCUCCAACUUUGGGCCUGUAGCAUGCUUUCAGAAGCAGCAGUGGAAGCUGCUAUAUCAGGAUGCUGCCGCUUGGAGAUACUCAAUGUUCACACCUUCACCAAGAGAUUGCUCCAUCGAAUAACUGGAAUUUAAUAGCUCGCAAAGUUCUUCCCGUGAAAAAAGACGACGUUCGAUCCAAUUCAAUUUUAAAUUGACGUUUCUGUCCGAAGCUCCGUUUUAUUUUUUAUUUUUUAGCUCUUUAUUUUGGAUGUAUAUUUCCAGUCUCUAGCAAAUCCAGAGCACCAUAUCAGUAUAGUCUGCACCUCUUUCCUUCUUCUAGCUUUUAAGUUGUCCGAUUAUAAUUAGUAUAUAAUAUUAUAUUUUGGUUGUCCGAUUAUAAUUAGUAUAUAGGCCAGAUUCUGAUGUUUUGUGUAGUGAUGUGUAUAGGACUUAACUUUGUACUUAUUUCUGUUGUUUAAGUUAUAUUUUGAUUUGUUGCCACU